GCAGCCGCCGCCGCUCCCCUCCGUCGACCGUCGACCGCCCUAUCCUUCCCCCCGCCGCUAGCCCGCUGCCAUCACGGCGCCCGCAGUCCACACCAUCGCUGCCGACCUGCCUUAGCAGGUUUGCAAGCCGUCCUGUUUGAUGAAAUGUCGGCACCAACAUCCAUUCCCUGUGGUUCCAAGAGUGCGCGAUGCAGCAGGAAUGGUGUCGACAGGCUCAGCAGCCUGCCCGAUGAUCUGCUCCACCAUGUGAUGUCCUUCCUGCCGAUGCCGGAGGUCGUGCGCACAAGUCUUCUCUCGCCAAGAUGGCGCUUUGUUUGGCGCUCUACACCAUUCAUUCGCAUUGACGGCGCAGAAUUCAUGGAUAAAAGCAAGUUGGAGAAUUUCGUAGACUGCUUGCUGCUCUUGCAUGACUAUACCGCUUCCUUGGAUAAAGCCCGAAUCUCUCUCCACUGCAUUGAUCAUACCAAAUGUUCCGUGUGGAUUCGUCAUGCCAUCAUGCACAAAGUUCGUGUCCUUCAUAUUUCUGGACCUCUCAGUCUGGAUAAGACAGCAAUCUUUCCUUCUCAGCACCUCAAAACAAUCAGGCUCCAAUCUGCCAUAUUGAGACAUGGGUUAUUUAGGCCGUUGAACUACGACUGCCCUGUGCUUGAACAUUUAGAGCUGGAGUUGUGCAAUUUCUGUGACAACGAGGAGAUCUCAUCAACGUCACUCAAGGUUCUGCAUAUCAGUCAGUGCUACCUUACCACCAGUCUCCUGAUUUGUGCUAGGAACCUUACCCAUCUCUCUAUCCUCGACCCAUACAUUGGUGAUAUAGUAACUAAGGAUCUGUCUUCUCUAGUAACAGCUUCGAUUAGUCUAAUAUCUUGUUCUUAUUAUAAGGACACAGUAGUAAUGGAUCAUCAUCUACUUGAUGGCCUUUCACAUGCCACAACAUUGGAGUUGCAUGCGCCAUUAAAUGAGCGUGCAUUCGAGUCAGAUCUACCAACAUGGCCAAUGUUCAGCAAUCUGACAAGCUUGGUCGUGGGCAAUUGGGUCAUGACUGCUGACUUCCACCCACUGCACGGUAUUCUCCAGCGCUCGGAUAAGCUGAAGGAGCUAACUGUGAAGCUCAAAAUGGAGGAAUGGAGCAGCUGCAAAGCCUUGCCGUCAACAAGUAUAGGGAUGCCCUUGGGCUCAGGCAGCUACCCUUGCAUCCAGAGGAUCAAAAUCUACUGCCGCAAAGAUCAUCCAAGGGUCGGUGAGCUGGUGCAGGCGUUGGUACCGACUGCCUGCAAUGCGAAAAUCAGCAUCGAGCGGCCCUGAUCCAUGUUAACCAAGACAUUGUUCACAAAGUUGAUUUCUUGAGACAAGAGUGUUUUGGAGACACUGUCGUUCCCUGCUCCAUGUGUGUGAUGGAUGUUGGAUCUGAACUGCUUCGUCAAUGUAGGCUGGUUGAUACUUCUGGUGCUUGAACAAUUAGACCUGGAGCAUUGCCUUGCCUGGACAACGGCUGAGAAAAUCUUUUCGAAUGGAAUGUGAGCUUUCGAAUUAUUUGCGAAUUUGCGGUUCCCCGUUUAUAUUAGCUAUCAACUUCUAGGCUUCCACAAAAUAAACUAGCCAGUUUUUGACUAAUCUUUCAACUUUCAUGUGUUGGGAGCAAAAAGAAGAACAGUUGGCUUCUGUAAAAAAACAAUGUGGCUUUCACCUUUGUAGAAUAAAGAAUUCUCUCAUACUUUCGGAAAA